AGUAGCUCACGUCUACUUCGAGAGCGAUAUGAAUGGCUCAGGAAGCGGCUUCGAGCUCAAGUAUCGAUCGAUAAAACCCGAUUGCGGUGAUUGGUUGGUGGCGACGAGUGAAUCGCAGUCCUACACAUAUCAGAGCAAACAGAAUAAAGAUAAACACAACGGUCAAACCAAUCAACGAUGCCAAUGGAUUAUUCAGUCAAAGUCGCAAACACCGAUAUGGUUACAGUUCAGGUA